AUGUUGUUCAAGGGAUUGACUCUCUCUGCCCUGGCUGGCGCCGUCCUUGCGCAGCAAGCGACACCUGACUUGGUCACGUUGUUGAGCAACCAGACCGAGCUGUCGAACCUCACCAGCUACCUCCAAUUGUUUCCCGAUUUCACGGGACAACUAGGUGGUCUUCAGAACAUCACGCUUCUUGCGCCCAACAAUGCCGCCUUCGCCAAUCUGCUGAAUUCGUCGGCUGGCGCUGCCCUUACCAAUGGCGAUACAGACCUGAUCACUGCUCUGUUCUCCUACCAUGUUAUCAACGGGACCUUUGCCAACCUCACCGAGCAGAAAUUCGUACCAACUCUCCUUCAGCCUCCUCAAUUCGCCAACGUAACUGGAGGACAACGCAUUGCUGUUUAUGCAGAUGGCAAUGUUACCACGUUUGUCUCAGGUCUUCUCACCACAGCCAACGUGACUGGGGAGGCACUAAACUUCACUGGCGGUGUUGUUCACAUCAUCGACAAUGUACUGUUGAUCCCGCAGAAUGUUUCUGAGACCGCCACCCAGCUGAAUCUCACCGCUGCUGCCGGUGCUCUGACCACAGCUGACUUGGUCGAGGCCGUUGACCACAUUCCUGAGUCGACCUUCUUCGUUCCCAGCAACGAAGCUUUUGCACGAAUCGGAUCUGCCCUUCCAAAUCUUACCACUGAGGAACUCACCUCUAUCCUUACCUACCACGUUGUCAACGGCACAGUCGGGUACAGCAACCUGCUCGAGAACGGAACACAAUUGCCCACUCUCGAAGGCACCAAUGUCACCAUCACCGUCGAAGAGAGUGGCAGCGUCUUUGUCAAUGGCGCCAAGGUUGUGAUUCCCGACGUUCUCGUUGCAAAUGGUGUCGUUCACGUCAUUGAUAACGUUCUCAACCCUGAGAACUCCACUCAGACUGCACCUUCUGGCGACUCCGAGUCAGGCACACCCGCGUUUGAAGGCGCUAGCUCCGCCAGUGACAUUCCAUUUACCAGCGGCGUUGCUCAACCUACUAGCACCAUUGCUACUGAGAGUGCUCCCGGAGCAACUGCCGCUUCUUCUAGCAGCGCUGGUGCUGGUGUUCCCAUGCAGACUGGUGCCAUGGGUGCCGCUGCCUUAUUUGGCGGUGCAGCCCUCGUCCUCAACUUGUAA